UUUUAAAAAUACUUUUCUUAGAAAGCUGACUUUGUUUAUACAAUAAACUAUUUGCCGCAAACCCAGACAAAUGCUGCUGUCUUUUAAAAUGUGCAGUGUAUCAGCAAAUAAAUAAUUAAUAUGACAAAGUAGUGGACAUUUAAGAAUAGAAUUUUAACGUAAUUACUGAUGGCGCCAGUGGAAUGCUGCUUUGUGCUUAAUUAAGUAGACUCUAAAGAUAUGCAUUUUCUUCACAAAUAUUUGAAGAUUAAUUUUAAUGUCAUUCUAAAACUUCUGGUGAUUGUCGGCCGUGCGGUUGGUUAAUCCAGAAUCUUCGCCACCUCUCCAACCCCCCAUCCUCGACUCGGACCGUUCCGUACGUACAAAUGCCAGAAAGCACGGUAAACUGUUGAAUAUCGCAGUGUCUAAUCUCCAACCAGUCACUCGGAGUUAGCACUAAACCGCAGUUAAAAGAUGAAAGCUGUAAUAUUUGCUUCCAGCAUAGAUGCAAAGCAGUUUCAAAGUAUAUUAAUCAUCAAAGUACUUAUAUAAGAUAUAGGAGCAGAAUUAGGCUACUUCCCUCUUGGGCCCAAUCUCCCCGUAACCCUUUGGAGGAAAUUGACAGAAAAACAAAAUAGCGAAUGGAAGGAAUGCUGCUGCCUGCCACGCCCCUGAACAGUUGGACAACCGCCAUAAAGCGAAGUGGUAUGUCACCAAUCACAAUGCGGAGAUUCUUUUUCUUGCGGGCAUACUCAAUAAGUAUGAAGGAACACACAGUCUUUUUCAUUAAAAUUUAUCAUCUCAUUUUUGCUGGGGCAAAAGGCUAAAACGGGAUGAAUAUUCCGAAUACCGUACAACGUACUGUGAACUAUGUAGAUUUACUACACAAUACAAAGCAGAGCUGAUAUUGAGGAAGCCGAGUGCCUUGCUGAGACAGCACAUGAUAAAACCCGGAGACACGAGACGUCAGACAAUUGAAUCCGGAGCGAGAGAAGACAAACUCUUGGAGGAAGUCAGCGGACCGAGGAAUAUCUGUGGAGGCAAAGAGACGGUCGAAGUUUCGGGUCGAGAUCGUGUGCAUCAGAAUCUGUCUCCACACACUCUGCUUGGCCUGCUGACUUACUCACCGAGAUAAGAGCCAGCAUUUCAGAGUCACUCGACCCUGGGCCAAAUGUUUGCGAUGAACAUUAAUCUGAUCUCAAGCGCUAAGCAGCUGAUCUUUAAGAAAACGCACAUCAUUCUGCGGGGUUGAGUUAAUACUGCUCAGCUCGGGGUUGAGCGGAUGUUACCUUCUGUUUCUUUUCUGGGGCAAGAUGUUACAAGCACUGAAGACUAGAAGUCAGAAUUUUAGACAAUAAGGCAUAGGAGCAGAAUUAAACCAUUCCGCUAUUCAAUCGUGGCUGAUUUAUUAUCCCUCUCAAAUCCAAUCCCCUCUUUCGGUUUCACUGUUCCAGAAUUAAACCGUAAAGUAUUAAAGUCCACAAUGUUUGUCCCGAUCUUCCACAGUUUUCCUUAUACUGUACAGUAUCUUGGGUCUUGGGAAACCAGGAACAGAGAUGGGCGGAAGGACCUGGAGUGGUUCUUUUCGCUGCAGAACGCGAUUCUCUGUCAUGUGUCUCUGGGUCACGUGGUCCGCGUUAAAGUUUUGCUGUAAGUGGAGAGGUGACGAUGGCGCUGCCGGUUAUCAAUUUAAAGAUGAUCAUCUUUGUGCACUGGCUUCUAACAACUUGGGGCUGUUUGUAUCCCUGGCUUCCCCAACCAUAUAUCUGGAGUAAUUACGCUGUUCUGGCUAUUGGGGUUUGGGCCAUUGCUCAGAGAGACUCCAUUGAUGCCAUUUUUAUGUAUUUAGUUGGCACGGUAAUCACCAUCCUCUUGGACAUCAUCCACAUUGCAGUCAGCUAUGAUCGUAUGGCUGCCAUCCAACAAAACAAUGAAAUGAGGGAUCAGUUCCGCUUCAGUGUUGGUAUGGCCAUUUUGAGCCUCCUCCUGAAACCAGUUUCCUGUCUCUUUGUGUAUCAGAUGUAUAAGCAGAGAGGAGGAGAUUGCUAUAUAAGCAUCGGUGUUCCAGGUUUAACUUGUAGUCGAGAUCGAACUUCGUACCAGACCAUUGGUGAGCAGGAGCCUCACCGCCAGCCUACUUCCUCAUAGACAAAGAUUCCUGUCCCACCCUAUUAAUCCAUUUGCAAUAUGCUGCCAUAAGGAAGCUUAUAUAAACGUCUUGUGCCUUGGAUUCAGUAGCCACCUGGUUUUGAAUGCUUUGGUCAAAUUGUCAGUAUUUGGUGCCCUGGACUUCUGGUCAUGCUUAAGUCUUCCAGUUGAUAAUGUCGCUAUGAUGAUCAUCCAGAGAAAAACAAUACUCCUGUUGCACAUGACUAUCUGGAAUUUGAAGGCUGUAGAUUUUAAAAUCUUUUAAUUCUAGUCCUGGUGAACUCAAAUGUGGUUAUUAGGUCACAAUUCAUGACUGAUUUUUAGAGGAUUACAGACUUGAUUGAAUGAAAGCUUUUGGAAGCCUGACAGAUAUUUAAAGCCAGUGCUCCUGGUGUUGUGAUACUUUGCAUUAAUGACUGAAGGUUGAAGAUAAUUGGCCUUGUUCCUUUAUGAAAAAGUUUUGGGAUGGCAGACACAAUUGCUUUCACUCUUACAAGCAGAGAUAUUUCCCUAGUAUGUCCUUCUCGUUGAUAAAGCUUCCUGAAUGUUAAGGAUCCCAGCUGGAAAAUAGUUUGAGGACUUGUAGCCUAUGAAAAUUGAGCUUCAGAAGGGGAGCAGGUUUGGCUCUUAAUACUGAAGUAGCUUGGUUAGCAUUUGUAAGUAUGGUUAAUUGCACCCUCCCAUACAAAAGAUUUACAGUUAAACAGCAUUUAGCUGACAGGUACAAAUUCAGAAAAUGCUGGAAAAACUCAGCGGGUCAAGCAGCAUCUAUGGGAAGAAAAACGGUCAAUGUUUCGGAUCUGUGACCCAAUAUCAGAAUUCAGCUGAUGGGGAUCUCUCCACCAGCAGCUCACUGAACUAAUGUCGUGAAUCAGCUUCUGAAGCAUAUGGUUGUGUUUAAAAAUUGUACUGAUAUCAGGCAAUUUAAGUUUUGUAAUUCCUAUAAUUUUGACUUGGGGAAAACGGUCGAUUGUGUCCUAGGAUGUAAUACUGCUCUUGAGUCUGACUACUGACAAUAAUACUGUGGUCCCAUGGUUUAGGCAGACCAGGGCUUGUGGGGCUUUUGUGGAGGGAGGGGUUGGGGGUUUGGAGAUCAUACGAGCAUACCACGUGACGUGGGAUCUUGCUAUUUGCAAUUGAAGUUGCAAAUUUGAUUUAACUGGUUUGUAACAUUUAGAGGCAGCAAACAGUGAUGUAAUUUGCUAAAGAUCUCGAGAUAACACUGCAGCAAACAAAUGGUGUGCAUGGCCUCUGAGGCCUUUCCUGUCCAAGAGAAGAUGGGACUUGAAUUAUGUUUACACUCCAAAAGCUUUCUUUUUCAUAAAGAUGGAGUAAAAUGAGACCUUUAAUUUCUUGUACUUUGAAAAGUUUGACACCUUUAAUUUUGCACAACUGCAAAUGAAAGGAAGAGCAGAAAGUAACUGUGAAUAGGACCGGACCAGUGCAAGCAGUUAACAUGAAACCACCACAUUACUUACUGGAAAUGGAAAGGUAGAUACUUGGUUCAUUUCUCACAGUGGUCAGUCUUCCUGUCUCACUUGCUAACUAAUGCUGUUGCCAUGGGAACAAUAAAAAUACAGAUCUCAGUCUUGGCCUUGGUGUUUCUGGGUGAACAUUUAGAUCCUGAUGUGUAACUCAGUCUGUUUUGUGCCAUUUGUUCUGAAUCAGGUGCCUUGAUUUUGUUAGAGUACUUGAUGUAAUUGUGAAAUAUUAUUG